GCUAAAAGGAAAUUGCCUGUUUCAGGAAACAGACUGUGAGCUGUCUUGCAAAUGAACUUGCACCAUCAUGUCAGAGGAUCCAAGUAGAAUAACAGCCAUGGAGGUGGACACUGCGUUUAUCAAAUCCAAGAAGGGCAUCCUGAAAGUAGCAGAGAUGGUGACUCUGUUUGUGGCCUUUGUGUGUUUCGCUGUAGCCUCCAGACCAAAGUACAUUGCAGCCACAGUGCUGGAGUUUGUUAUCACUUCCCUUCUACUGCUGCUCUACCUGUUCAAACUCAACAAGAGGCUGACAUUCUUCUUCUGGCCUCUCGUUGAUGCUUUUAAUUCAGUGUUUGCAGCAGUCUACUUUAUUGUCUUGAGCCUGUUGGCGGCGACUACCUACACUGUCACAGGCACGCUGGUUGGAGGGAUAUUUGGUCUUGUCUUCGCUGGGCUGAUGUGUGUGGACAGCUUCGUACUUUUCAAGAACAUCACAUUCAACCAGCCAAGAAGUGAAAUGAAUACAGUAAACAAUGAACCAGGGACGUGCACAGGUACGGGCUAAUGUUGCCCGGGCAAUGGCCCGUUUGGCCUUUUUGGCUGACCUGCCCCUCUGGAGAGAGCGAGAGUUUGUUUUAGUUUUUUCUGUUGUGGCCGAAUCAACAUGAUAAGCCCACAAUUAGUAUUGUAGCGUCUCGCUGCGGGAAACACACUUUGUCAGCGCUGUCAUCUGCCUACUUGUUGUUAUUGUGCUUCUGUCUUUCUGUGUCUUUUCAUCUGUAAACUC